UUCCGGAGGAGGCGUCAGGCAGGCGCACGUCCGCGGAGUGGGGGCGGGACUUCCGGAACCCGCGGGACGCUGCGCAGGGCCGCGGCUGAAAGGGGCCUGGGCUCUGGAGUUUGCUGAGGAAUCUUGCAGGGCAUCUGGCAUCGCCGUUCCUCGCUGGACCCACCGAGUCUACCGCAGGGCCUGGCUGGGGCGCCGAAGGCCCAAGAUCCAGCCCCGCACCGAAAUGGGGAAAGAGGGCGGACGCAGCUAGCGUUAGGAAAAAUUGCUGCCUGGGGACCCUGCGUUCACUCAGGCCACCAAGUGCCGUGGUUACCCCUCAGUCUUUCUCGACCUCUGCCUCUGAGAGGCUGCGGGUCGUCACUCAAGCUCUCUGCACUUAAACCGCAAUCUUUCUGGAUCCCCCGUUUCUUACCUGUAAAAUGGGACCUUUGCAUUGCAGCUGUAAUUAAAGAAUGCUGUCUCGUUACCUUGUCACUGAAGAACCAAAUCUUAGAUGCAGAAACAGAUGUAUUAUGUGCAGUCCUUUACAGCCAUCACAACAGAAUGGGCCGCCACAAGCCCCAUUUGGCCCUCAAACAGGUGGAACAAUGUUUAAAACGCUUGAAAAACAUGAAUUUGGAAGGUUCAAUUCAAGAUCUCUCUGAGUCAUUUUCUUCUAAUGAAAAUCAGCCUGUAAAUACCAAAGCAUGUGUCAUCCCUAGCCAACCAGUGGUGGAACUGGUGUUGAUGAAGAUUUUGGGAGCCUGCCAGUUGCUACUUCGUUUGUUGGACUGUUGCUGCAAGACAUUUCUCUUGACUGUGAAACAUCUAGGUUUGCAAGAAUUCAUUAUUUUAAACCUUGUGAUGGUUGGGCUGGUGAGCAGGUUAUGGGUUCUCUAUAAAGAUGUUUUAAAAAGGCUGGUUUCUUUAUAUGAACCAUUGUUUGGAUUACUUCAAGAGGUCUCCAGGAUUCAACCAUUGCCUUACUUCAAAGGUUUUACCUUUCCUUCUGAUAUUGCUGAAUUUUUAGGAGAGCCCUACUUUGAAAUCUUUAAGAAAAAAAUGCCUACAUCUUUUGCAGCUAAAGGAGUAACUAAACUGCUAAAUAAACUAUUUUUAACAAAAGAGCAAUCACAGAGGUCCAAUGAAGAAACAUUACUUAGCAUUUCCAAAAAAGCUAAACAAAUGAAGAUCAAUAUUCAGAAUAAUGUGGAUCUUGGACAGCCAGUAAAGAAUAAGAAAAUCUUAAAAGAAAAGUCAUCAGAAUUUGACGUGAGGGCUUUCUGCAAACAGCUGAAACACAAAGCUAUUCAGGAGAACAGUUUUGAGUUUAAAUGUUCUCAGUCCAAACUAAAGGCAACCAAAUGUUCUUCUCGGAAAGCAAUAGGAACUCCCUGUGUAAAAAGUCUUGUGCAAAGAUUCCAAGAAACUGAGACUUUCAUACAACUUUCUGAAGAGAUCCAAAUGGCAAUUCUGUGGUGUAGGAGCAAAAAACUCAAGGCUCAGACCACCUUUCUGGGUAAUAAACUUCUUAAAAGUAACCGGCUUAAACAUGUGGAAGCUCAAGGCUAUAGUUUGCCAAAGAAACUAGAGUGCAUAAAAACAUCAAUUUGCAACUGCCUUCUUCAUGGCUCAGGUAGCAAAACUUUGAAGAAUCAUCUGAGACAAAGAAGAUCACAGAAUAAAUUUUCAUUGAAACGAAAGAAACCACAAAGAAAGUUGCAGUCGACUCUUUUAAAGGAAACCCAGCAGCCCCCUCAAGGGACUCAGAGUGCUACCGAUAUCAUUAAAGGGAGACUCUCACACCCUACAGUUCGUACAACUGAUCUCUACCCUAACAAUAAGCAAGUGUUGAGUAGAAGAGUUUCAAGUUCUGUCAUACGAACUAAGGAGAAACAAAUUCAUGAAAAUCUUAUGGAAGGCAAUGAAAAUGAAACUGAUUCUUGGACAACGAUGCAAAUAAAUAAACAUAAUACAUCAGGAAUCACUAAGGAGACAGAUGACAUUGAUGAUAUUUUUGCUUUAAUGGGAGUUUAGAUGCUCAUAUGUGAGACUUUUAACUGGUUAACCAACUGCUCCAGUGUUCUAAGUAGAACAGCUGAGAUCUGGAAAGAUCUGGAAGUACCAUUUGGACUCAGAGGAGCUGCUUAAGUGCAACAUUGUAGAGCAGUUCAUUUUAGUUCAGUAAACACUUGUCAUA